AUGUUUCAUUGGAACGUACAGUCACCUUUGCGGCGUUCGGAAGCUUGCAACUGCAGUACAGUGACCUCAUGCGUACGCGAGGGCGGCUUUAAGUGGGUCAGGGCCCUCCUCGCCUGCCGCCCACCCCACCCAGACUCCGCACUCGAUCGACCGCCUAAUUCUAAACGUUCUCAUGGUAACAAAACUGAGAAUGGGCGAGCGGCGCCGGACCUCACGGCGUCGCCGGGCCGCGCUCCCGCCGGUCCGCUGCAGCCGGCGCGCAACAACCAUGCGCCGCCCUGCGUGCUGCAGCCAGAUUUUAGGAAGGUAUCGGGCGUUAGCAAUGAAAUAUUCAGGCAGAUUGAGAUGGUUGAAAACGAUCACGACGCAACGACGGCCGCGGCGCUCGAGGCGGUGGAGCGCCGCGGUGAGAUGAUUGUUCGGAUCCUUGAGCUGAGACAAGUUGGACGAAACAACAUUGAAGCCGCCAAAAAGUUUUUCUCCUUGCAGGAUGCACGCCACAUAGUACAACUGGUUGAAAUCGUAAAGCGACCAGGACAAACUUUAGGGCUAUACAUUCGGGAAGGGGAUGGGGGCACCAGAACAGACGGAGUGUUCAUAUCGCGAAUAGCUUUAGAGUCUGCGGUCUACAACAGCGGGUGUCUGAAGGUGGGAGACGAGAUCCUGGCGGUCAACCUGGUGGAUGUUAGGCGUAUGUCGCUGGAUGAUGUUGUUAUCAUCAUGUCGAUACCCAGGCGGCUCCUGCUUUGCACUCGACAGAGGAAAGGUAAAUCAGGACCAGGAUCACCAUCUCUUCCUCGUUCAGAGCACAAACCGCCACCAGUAGUGGUGUUGAAAAGGGACUGUCGGGAUGAUGAUGACAGAGAUCGGGAUAGAGUAGAUGGACUUUAUUCGCAGCAUGGAACACUCCGAUCGUCUGGUCCAUCAGGCGGUGUGCGGCCUGUUGGUGACGGUCGGGAAGAGAGAAGUCGCUUACAGCUUGGAGCAUUAUCACCUGAUUCUACGCCGUUGGACUUGUAUUACAAUUCUAGACCACCUUCUGAUCAUUCUACUUGGAGUUAUCGACCGCCACCGCCGGUGAUAACAGAGCAGCCGAAGUCAACAGCGACCCACUUUGUGCCCUAUGAAAGGUCCUACCCCAACACUUUGGAAAGCUUAGCUGAGAAGGUUCAUUCGUUUUAUCCCUCAGAUGGUGCAAGUACUCGAUUCGGAGGAAGAGUGCCGCGAUCAGGAUCAGAACAACAACUUCCACGCGCUGAAACGCACUCCGAUUUCGGGAGACAUUCUCUGUUACGUUCUAGUUUGAAAGCCUCUGGUGCUACUGGACCUCCUGGUGCAUCUACGUUGUCGAGAUAUCAACGCUAUGGUGGAGUUGGAAUGCAAGUGCCUGGAAUGCCUGGUUCUGGUUUAACAGGAACAGGCUUGUCUGGGUCUGGCUUAGGACCAGGUCUUCCUUCAGGAUUGUCAUCAACUGGCCUAAGCGGCCUCACUGGCUCCAGUUUAGUGGGAACUGGCCUAAGUUCUGGCUUAGGCACUGGCUUAACCGGAUCCGGAUUGAGUUCAACUCUCGGCGGUGGAUAUGGAACUACUGGCCUUGGAUUAUCGUCAUAUGGAAGCAAAUUUGGUACGACGAGAAGAAAUCGAAGCUUAGAUUACUCGUCGGAUACAGAAGCUACGGCUCCUACACGGACUCCAUACUAUUCUGGCUUGAGUGGAUAUAGAAGCAGUACAUUAGGAAGGGAUAUAAGCUCUAAGUUUAAUUCCUUGCCGAGAGACGUCAGAGGCACUGGCCAAAGAUUGGGAUUGUCCAGACGAGCCGGUAGUGUACUUCAAGAUGAACCCGAACCUUUAUCUUCACGUCUGGAUCUUCGUUCUUCCAGAGGUCGUCUCCCGUCCUCACCGUCAGUGUUCACGUCAGACGAGUACCGCGCGUGGCUCUCCCGCGCUCCGUCUACUAGCGCGCUCUAUGAGAGUCUGCGCCCAAGGCUGCCGACGCAUUAUUCGGCUGAGAAUAUACAUGAUGCGCUUAAAAAUAUGGAAACAGGCAGUCGUUUUGGUUCUACCCUUGGUUUGGCUGGUCGUCGAAUUGAACGCCCGCGACAUUUGCCUGCACGUUCACUGUCUUCUCAACAACUUGGCCCAACAGCAAGCGGCUCUCCUUCAGCACGUCGUGUGAGACAAUUGCUCGAGUUGGGUUCAAAGUUCUCAUGCCCUAACCCUAGCCCGGUUCCUACACCGGGAUCUAGACAUCAACGUCAUUUGGAUAUUAAUCCUAAUGAGUUCUUAAAGUACAAGAUAGAGAAGCCAGGUGCGGGGGGUCUGUCCACAUCUAUGACGGGUCUAUCCCGGCUAUCGGGUGGCGUGUCCGGGAUGCUAUGGGUGCACCUGCUAGCGGGGCGGGGGCUUAGACCGGCCCCCUCGGGGUCGUCCCCGGGAUCGCCUCCGUCCGGGCCAUUGGCCCCACCACAGCCCCCGGUGGCACCCCGGGAUUUGUACUGUGUGCUGGAAUGCGAUAGAGUACAUAAGGCUCGGACUGUGGUUCGCACAGGCGAACUCCAAUUCGAUUGGGACGAGUCCUUCGAGCUGGAGCUAGUGGACAACCGGCAGCUGGACGUGCUCGUGUACUCGUGGGACCCGCAGCACCGACACAAGCUGUGCUACCGCGGGGCGGUCACACUGCCGGAUCUCUUGUCGCGCUCUGCCUCGCACCAGUUGGCUAUUAGGAUGGAACCCCGCGGCACGCUGUACGUGCGUGUCCGUCACACGGAACCGCACGAACUGUUCCGCCGCCGCCCCGCCCCCCCGCGCCUCUCCCCACCGCCCCUGUUUGGUGCUGAACUCGACCAAGUUAUAGCAAGGGAAGUGCGGCCGAGCCAUGCACCCCCCGUACCGUUGAUAGUGAGGAGAUGUGUGGAGGAGAUUGAGCGACGCGGGUUGGAUAUUAUUGGCCUAUACCGUCUUUGCGGAUCCGCGGCAAAGAAGCGAAUCCUCCGAGAGGCGUUUGAACGCAACGCUCGUGGCGUCGAAUUAACCCCAGACUCUGUUCCCGAUAUAAAUGUGAUCACCGGAGUGUUGAAAGACUAUUUACGAGAACUACCACAGCCGCUGUUCAGCCGUUGUUUAUUCCAAAUGACAUUGGAUGCUCUAGGAGUCUGUCUACCAGACGACAAAGAAGGGAACGCCAGACUUAUGGCGUCGAUAGUAGAAUGCUUACCGCGGGCAGCAAGAGCGACGCUAGUCUUCCUUCUCGACCAUUUAGCGCUGGUGGUCGCCGCACAAGAUAGAAACAAAAUGUCCCCGCAGCAUUUGGCGGUUGCUUUAGCUCCUCCGUUAAUGCUACAGUCCCAACCACCGUCUGAAAUGGAUUACCAGCGGCCGAUACAUGUUCUGCAGUGUCUGCUGCAGAUCUGGCCGGCGCCGAAGCGUUCAGUUCGGCGCGGCGAGCCAGCACUCGGGCCGCGUGGAAGCAGAGCCAGUGCGUCGCUAGCGGCCUCAGCCACCCUCCCCCCAGGCCGAGUUCCGCCCUCAGUCAGUCCAUAUCGGCCUCCAGCGGCAGCAUCAGCAGCAUCUCCGCAGCCAGCUCACUCGGCUCGGCCCGCGGCAGACCGCUCGCCGCCCGCACAUGUUCUCUCAUCAGUCAGGGCCGGCCAAUAUCGUCCGCAGUCGCCUCUACGCGGCCCUCUGCCCGCUCCGCCUCGCUCCCGGCAAGUGACGGUCUCGUCUCCCGGUUCGCCCAGUAGCAGCUCGGGCAGCCACAGCCCGGCCGACACCAUCAAGCACGGCGGCUCCGUGUCGUCGAUCCUGCGCCAGCCGGAACGCGCGCCGUCGUCGUCCCCUAGGAACUCGCCUCGAGCGUCGCCUCGCGCGUCGCCCAGAGACUCGCCGCGCGGCACCCCCAGGGACCUGACGCCCCGGGAGUCGUCCCGGGACGGGUCGCGGGACGGGUCCCGGGACGGGUCGCGCGAGUCGCCGCGCAGCGCCAUCCCGGGCACGUCGGCCGGGCUGGCGGUGACGCUGAACUCGAGCGGCAGCCCGCGCUACAGCUCCACCAACCCGUUCCUGCAGCAGUACGACGCCGAGGAGGAGGCGGAGGCCUGGCGCGCCGCCGACAUAUUCUCCUCGUCCGCGCACGCGUAGGGCUCCCGGCGAAUUGAACGUUUUCCUAGUCAAUUUUUUUAAAGAAUCGAAAGAGUGCUACGAUUCCGCCGGACGCUGCGUCGUCUCGAGCGGGCGCGUUCGCGAAUUUGUUAUAUAUAGCGAGUUAUGGUGUACAUUAUGUGAGAGCGUUCGAGACGCGAGCGAGCCGCCGGCCGCCCGCGCGUCGCCCGUGGCCGGGGAGCGCUUACGGUGAUGUAUUGUAAUUGUAUAUAAUUGAGUACGUAUUGAAUGCGGGCCCGCUCCGGUCCCGCACCGGGGCGCCGCACACACCGCAGCCCACGUCCCACAUAUCAGAGACUUGCGUGCACCCUCGACACGAGCAGCACUACACUUGCAUGCGACACGAUCACUUCGUCCAACUCCGUCGUCGACAGUGGACACAAGUCAGUAGGCAGGUAGGGAGUGUACAGCACGAAGUCGGAAUGUCUAGAGACUGAGGCCAUAUCAGAGUAGCUCGUAGAGGUCGCGGUGGGCGGCCAUCGUAGGACGAGCGAUCGCGUCACGUUAAUGGGUCUAGAGGCACGACUGUUACGAAAGUUUAAAAUAUUCCAAAUAUUCCUUGUUCAUUAUUAAUAAAUUAAUAACUAUUAUACAUAUAACUAUAUAUUAAAGUAAAAUAGUGUUAGUGAAGCAUUUGAGUCGCUAAUUCUGUGAAGGAACGGAUUCUUCCUUUAAAGAUCGGUCGCAAUCUCGAGGUCUGAGGUCGUAUUUGCGAAUUGAAAAUGACUAAUUUCAACGAUACAAAAAUAAAAAUGCUAAUAAUAUUUAUUUACCGUUCUUCGAUGAAAUAAUUAAUAAUGUUCUCCGAAUUGAUAUUGCUGUAGGACUUUUAAAUAUUCAUAUUAUAUUAAUAAAUUCAAAAUAUUGUUAAACGUUUAUUAAUUAUCUGUCUGUUAAAGAGAAUUAGAUAAAUGUAUUUAUUGAUAGGAUAAUUUGAAAUUCGCAAAUAAUAUCUCUAUUCUUAUAACUAGCGUCUGCUAGACAUAUAAGAGUGAUGGAAAUCGACCAAUGACAGCACUGAUUAAAAUCUCACUGCCAUGAUUGGUCCAUUUUAAAUAGUUACGCAUAUUAUUACAUUAAUACACUUAUUUAUAUGUCUGUCGGAGGCUCUUUGGUUACUCGAUGCUUUUGAGCAACACUUCAAGACGAAGUUUUGUUACUGUUUUUUAUAAUAUAGAGUUGCACAAAGAACACGACUGAAAUGGGACACAAGGUUUUUGAUACUUUACCAUUUUACCCUUUUUAUCAUUUGUGAUAUACUAGAAGUUGCGUUGGAACCUCGCCUUUUAUAUAAAUGUAAGUCUGUUCAUGAAUUCCUAUAUUUGGUAUACAUUUUGUUACAAUGUUUUGUAUUUCUUUAACUGUUACGCUCUUGAUGUCUUCUGAUUUAGUCGGUUUUUAGACGUUGUAUAUUACGUACUUAUCAACGAAUACGAAAUAUUAUAUUAAGUAAGAAAACUUUGGAAUUCAUGUACGGAUUCUCAUAAUUUACGACGUCAUGUCUUAAGGCCCUGCCAAACAAACAGUGAAUAAAAGUACAAAGAAGCAGCUUCGCAACUAUUGGAAUUUGGUUCGUUGUGUGUUUGAGGUUUGCCUUAGAGGUUGAAAGCGAAGACAAUAUGAUUUUGAAAUCUUUAUAGAAUCUGACGAUGAAAUGUAUUAAUCUCAAUGAUAUCGCCUUCGUGAGUUAUAACGGAACCACGUGAAGUAGAUUGUAUUGCCAUAUUCAUUAUAUAAUAAAAUAAAAUAAAAAAAUAAUGCAUUUAUUAGCUUAAUAUAUGAAAACUGAUAGCUUUUAACUGUUCACUAUACAUAAUUGUUACUAAUAUUAGACAAAGCUAUUAAUAUUGUUACCGAACAUUGAAUUUAUUUCACGUGGUACGCUUAAGUUGGUGCUGUCGGAAUCUUAAUAGGUCAACUUGAUAUAUCUAUCUAAAUUAUUAUUAUUAUAAUAUGCAUGACCUAAAAGCAUAUUCAUACAGCCGUAUUACAUAAUUAUCAAUCCUACGUCUUUCUUAUUUUUUAUCAAGAAUGAACACGUAAAAUUAACAUGUAAUACCUAAGAUUAUAUCAGAUUUGAGCAUAAAAAGCUUAUAAAUGACGCACAUGGUCUCCGUGGUGAAAAAGAAUACACGAUGUUUAUUAACACACUAUAAUCCAUACUAAUAUUAUAAAUGCGAAAGUAACUCUGUCUGUCUGUCUGUCUGUCUGUUACUCAAUCACGCCUAAACUACUGAACCAAUUUGCAUGAAAUUUGGUAUGGAGAUAUUUUGA